CACAAGAGGAAACAGAUGGGAAAUGCUUCAGACACAUCUUCUGUGUUUGCCUCCAGCAUCUCCAAGGAGCACGACAUCAUGAUGGGUUCACUCUACAGUGUGUUUUGUGUACUAUCCGUCACUGGCAACUGCAUGUUGCUGCUUGUUGCCUAUCACAAGCGAUCAACUUUGAAACCAGCAGAGUUCUUCAUCAUCAACCUGUCCAUCAGCGACCUUGGAAUGACGCUCACUUUAUUUCCAUUAGCAAUACCAUCAGCUUUGUCACACAGGUGGCUGUUUGGAGAAAUCACCUGCCAAAUCUAUGCCACAUGUGGAGUGUUAUUUGGUCUCUGCAGUUUGACAAACCUCACUGCUCUCUCCUUAGUGUGCUGCCUUAAAGUCUGCUUCCCCAAUUAUGGGAACAAAUUUUCCUCCUCGCAUGCCCGCCUCCUGGUGGUUGGAGUUUGGUGCUAUGCGUCCGUGUUUGCUGUGGGGCCCUUGGCACAGUGGGGGCAUUACACUGCUGAACCUUAUGGCACAGCCUGCUGCAUCGACUGGCAUGCGCCCAACCACGAGCUUUCAGCUUUGUCUUACAUUGUCUGCCUUUUCGUCUUUUGCUACGCACUGCCCUGCACAGUCAUCUUCCUUUCCUACGCUUUCAUUCUGCUGACUGUGCGAGGGUCACGUCAGGCCGUUCAGCAGCAUGUCUCACCACAGACCAAGACCACCAAAGCACAUGCUCUCAUUGUGAAGCUGUCUAUUGCAGUGUGCAUAGGCUUCCUGGGUGCCUGGACCCCUUAUGCCAUUGUGGCCAUGUGGGCAGCUUUUGGAGAAGCCACACAAGUUCCUCCUGCUGCAUUUGCCCUAGCAGCUGUGUUUGCCAAAUCCUCCACCAUCUACAACCCAAUGGUCUACUUGCUGUGUAAGCCCAACUUCCGCGAGUGCUUGUACAGAGACACGUCAGCGUUACGACAGAUGAUUCACAGGGGAAGUCCACAGCCGCAAGAAGACUUCGGCUUCAACUCACAACGGAACAAGGACACCAGUGCCUCCAUGAAGUUCUCAAACGAACAGCAGGAGAGCUACGGGGCAUGUCUAAACUGCACUGAGAAUGCAGAUCUGUGCCAUUUGACUGCGCCCCAAAAACCUGCCGGCAUCCAGAUGGGAUCCACCUGCACAGAGGUGACAGUUAGCCAGAUGUCAAUCACAACUUAAACAGAUUUUCUCGAACAGGACGGCGUCUUUGUUCCAUGAAGCAAGCCAGACAGAAGACACCCUCAGAAAGAGAAACAACAUCUCUGCAAAAACAAUGCUAUUCAUGACUUCUUUGGAUUCCCUAAACAGCCCUGACUGUAUGAUACUUGAUCUUUCAAACAAUCUACACUGUUUUGACAGUGAAGAUUUGCCACAGUCGAGUAUUUUUGUCUCAAAAUUUCUGUGAAAGCUUGUCUUAUCUUAAUCUACAGAAAUUUAGAUUUCUAAGAAGCCAAAAACAAAUCUGAAGCAGCCCUGCUGAGUCAACGUUAAUCUGGAAAAUUAAUCAAUUGCACUUUUGAUUGCUGAAAGCCAAACAAAAGAGAGAAAAAAAGCAUUAAAUCACUGAAAGUUCACAAAAAUUGUACAAAUAAUACCAAAGAAAGAACAUGCAUGCAAAGUAGUACUAAACCCACAUGGAUAUGUUCCUGCAGUCUUUGUCCCCACUGGGAUCAAACCUAAACACACAAUCCAACUGACAACUUCUGUUUUCUAACAAAAAUAAUAAUUUUAAAAAACUUUAAAUGGUCCCUUUAAACCUGCAGGAGCUGAACAUUUGAUGCUAGAAAGAAAGAUUCAGUAAAGAAGUCUGUAUUUGGCUAAGCUAAAUAUUCUGCAGUAGGGCUGGGUUAGCUGGCCCAAGUGGCUGAGGAGAGGGAAGUCUGGGUCUCUCAGCUUAGGCUGCUGCCCCUGCGACCCGAUCUCAGAUGAGUGGAAGAGAAUGGACGGACGGAGGGCUUGGUUAUAUGCCUGAAAAAAAUAUCAGGAUAUAAGCGUUUCAUACCAGUCAAUACUGAUAAUUAUUAAUUAGUUUUUGAUUUUACCUAUUUGAACUAAGAACCAAUAAAAAAAGGCUGAUUAAUCCUGCCAAACUGGUCAGGUGACUUUUCCUCUUCUAUCCAUAAUUUCCUCGAGCUGUUGCAUUCAUUUUCUGCUUUGACGCUACGUCAUUCUAAAUUUUUAAGCAGUUAUGAGGCAUGGUGGUGAAACAUGAAACUGCCAUGUUACUCAACAAAUUGGUGUUAGUAAAUUAGUCGAUGCCACCAACCUUACUUAGCCAGGAUGCGAGAGGUCAAGCGGCUAAAAUAAUGGAUUUAGAGCAGCAUUUUUUUAAGUUUGUGUUUAUUUUUGUUUCGUGUAAUACCCAAAGGUCACAGUGUGUAGCAUCAUGUAUGGUUUAAAAGGAGCAACAGGUAUUCACUCAGCAGGUGUGCUGAUUACAGCAGAAACAUACAGUUGACCGUUGUUGUCUUUUCAGCUGUCAUUUUGUUUUGUUUGUGAGUAUUGCAUUGCGGCAAUUGUGAGCUUUUUGAUUACACUGUUAACGCUGUAAGUGUGCAACGUUAAUUUACGCAUCUUGUUGUAGAGUGCAAGAUAAAUAAAUGCUCUUAAAUCAUAA